CCAACUCCAUGAGGCGAUACACAGUAGGAAACAUGACAUGCCUUUGAAGUUCGACCAUCAUUUUAGCUAGGUUUUCAAUAUCAUGACAAGAUCUAAAGUCUUCAAUUCUUCUUGUAUGGAUAAUGAAUAGAUCUAGGUUAUCUUCUAUAUGUUCACGUUCAUAAUUAGAGAAAUCAUCAUGAUAAAUCUAUGUGAGCCUAGCAAGCUUAUUCAGGUUGAACCUAGAAAAGGAGUUUCUUAGGUCAAGACAAGAGAAGUUCUGGAGCAGGUUUGAAGAUACCUCAUCAAAACGAUGAUCAAACUCCGUGGUGAUGGAAUCUAUAGCAGCAUAGAAGGUGUCCACACGAAAAAAAAAGAUCAGCCAUGACAAGGUCUUUUUGAAUUGUCUCGGAAGUUAUUUUGGCAUUUUUAGGACGUAGCCCAUCAAAUGCAACCUUGUUGUCAUCACUGGAGCUUGCUGCCGCCGCCGUUUAAGCCCCAAGCACGUCGGCGCCGUAGCCUAUCCCGUCGCCAGUUGCCCGCCCGGAUCGCGACCUGACCAGCCACCAUCUUGCAAUUGCUCAGGGUUCGUCGCUUGCGCGUGCGUGUGGGUUGGCGCUCAAUGGAAUCGACGAGCUCGACCGCUUCUUGUUUGUGCCAGCAGGCCCAACUCGUGUGUUCUUGUGUUUGCCGGCCCAACUUAUGUGUGCGGCGUGCCUGUGUGCCAGCGGCCUUUUUCUCGCUGCACUAGAACGAGGAAACGAGACAAUCGACAAUACAUGCGUAUGUAUACAUUUGUUUAUGCCUAGAAUCAAGGUAUGGCGACUGCCAUAUCUUGCCCACCGAGGGCCUCCGCCAGUGACCGUAGUUGAAUUUUGCUACUAUCGGCUAAGCUUUUUGCUACAUCCAUCAAGCGGAGCUGCGACCUCGCGACGACGACAACGACGUUUUUGCUGCAACCGUAGUAGAUUUUUGCUACUACCGCUGCAAUUUUUUGCUACAUCCAUGUAAGGCGGAGUUGCGACCUCGCGAAGACGGCGACGGUGUUUGAUUUUUGCUGCAACCGUAGUUAUUUUUUGCUACUACGGGUGAAGUUUUUUGCUACAUCCAUUCAAAAUGGCGUUGAUUGACUGACGACCGCCAUCGACAUAAUUCCCUGCAGCGAGCAUCAAUGGCGAGGGGCGGCGCCCGAGCUACAACCGCCGCUGUCAAGAGCUGCAACGUGGGUGGAUUUGUUGCAUGGCGACAGGCGACGAGGACGGCUGGCGACGACGGGGACCGACGGCCACCAGAGAGGACAGGAGUCGCGGCGCCGCGCUCCCCCGAACAGGACUGCCCGAGGAAGAAGAAAGAGAGCUGGCGAUGAUUCAUUUUUUUUUUUGCUUGGAUCCAAUCGAACGGCUGAGCGCACAUGGCAUCGGGCGGUUGCGGUGCGAUCGGCUGAAACUUUCGGCCAGCGCACCGGCGCAGAGUGCUGCCCAAAAAAUAAAGAGAUAUCACUUCUACCCCAAGCGUCCCAGGUCAAAAAACAUCAAGAACCAAAAAGAAUCGACGUUGAAGGAAAAGGAUUCUCGCGCCUCACGCUCUCGUGACCCUCUCCUCGUCGCCAUGCACCGGCCAGGGCAGCACCGUACCACAUACAUGGGCGACGGACGCGCCCCCACCGAAUCGACCGCGCCGCUGCCUGCCGACUGAUGCCGCCCACAAACGGACGAGCCAUGCCACACACACCCCUCCGUGGCCAAAUGCCUGCCACUCCGCCCAUCACGGAACGCGCCGGGCGUUUUGCCGGAAAUCCAAAUCCACCGUAGCCCGCACCGACGAGCCCAUUGCCCCAGCCCCGAAGACGUAACGGCGACGUGCCUGCCGCUGCAACGCACGGGGCAGUCAAUGUGGCACAAGCCCAACGCACGACACGACGUCCCAAACUGACCGAGCCGCGAGUCCGCACUCCCCCAGAGUCCACCUGCGACACACAGGCCUCGCCUGACCUCGGCGACCUGUAUAAAAGACACGAGCACACGGCGGCAUCGGCAACCCACCGGUCCACCGCAGCAGGCACGCACGCCUUCCUCGCGCGUUCCCAGUCGCAGGCCCCAGCCCCGGCCUUUAAAAACCCGUGAGCCCCCGACUCGCCGCUCGCCACGGCAAAAAGCACGAGCACCAUGGCCGGGUACCGCCGCACCAUCUCGUUCCCGACCCCGAAGGCGGCGGCGGCCGCCAGCGGCAAGCUCGCGGCGGCCUACCGCGUCCGCUCCGCCAGCCUCCCCUGCCGCUUCCACCCGCUGGUGCUGCAGCUCGACGACGACGUCGCCGCGCUGCGCCUCGUGCUCGGCGGCCAGGCCCCGUCCUGCUCGGCGCCCUCCGUCUCCGCGGCCGCCUCGCACAUCGGCCGGGUGCUGGCCUCGCUCUCGGACCUGCUCCACCACCCGCAGGCGCAGGAGCCGCUGCGCCGCCUCGGCAUGUCCCCGCUGGCCGAGCGCCUGCUCGACGACUUCCUCCGCCUCGCCGAUGCGCACGGCAGCUUCCGCCAGGCGCUCGUCGCGCUCGCGGCGCUCCAGGCCGAGACGCGCGCCGCGCUGCGCCGCGGCGACCCCGGGCGCCAGGCGUCCGCAGCCCGCGCGCAGCGCCGCGCCGGGCGCGACCUCCCGCGCCUCGCGGCCGCCGCGCGCGCCGUGGCCACCAGGGCCCCCACGCCGCUCCCCGAGGACCUCCAGCCCGAGACCGCGGCCCUCGGCGCGGCGAUCGCCGACUCGACCGUCGCCGUGGCGUCCGCCUCCGCGGCCGUCUUCUCCGGCGUCUCCUCCCUCUCCAACGCGGCCGCCGCCACCCGCGUCGAGGUCGCCUCCACGCCGUGCUGGGUCACCGCGCCCUCAAGAUUCUCCGCCGCGUCCGCAUCAGACGCGCCAAGAAGCAGCCACCAGCGCGUGUGGUGGGUGGCGGACCUGGUGCGCUGGAUGUCGCGCGCGAAGCGCCGGUCGGCCGGGAAACAUAACACCACCAACGACGACGACGCGUCCACCUCGUCCACGUUGCAGCUCCGGCCGGAGGCGCGGAUGAAGCCGGAGGAGAGAGCCCGCAAGGCCGCGUUCGAGCUCCACGACAGCCUGGAGCGGUGCAUCGCGAGCGUGGACGGCAGCGGCGAGAAGGUGUUCCGGGCGCUGAUCAACACCAGAGUCUCCCUGCUCAACAUCCUCAGCCCAACCUUCUGAUCUCGAAACCGAAAUUUAGGAAACGUUUUGCUUCAGCUUUCGUGGCUUGGACAGGAUUUGUAUAUAGUACUCUACUACUCGUGGUAUAUUGUCCCCCGGGACGCGGCCUUCGCAUGCGUUCGCCUGCAUCUAUCAACGGAUUUGGAACCUGGCGUUACGAAUCGCGCAAUCUGCAUUUCUCGGCCCGGUUCUUGACA